UCAACCAACUUAACUCGACUACAAAGUCCUUCCAUGAGUUAAGGCACUGGAUAAAAUUUUUCCGGGGAGCGUCAUCGAAAUUCUCACCAUUUUCAAGAACCUUAGGAUGGGAUUCUUUUCGCUUUGACUUCAUUAGCUGAUUACAUAUAAUUUGCAGGGACGGUGUUAUUUGUAUCUACGGAAAUUAAUUUCUAUCCCCUAUUCGUUUAAGAUGCUAGCCACAUUCCCCACAUCAUCCGUAGUUUCAUCUUCUCAUUCCAACGAAUUUAUUAAUGUAUUCUACUUCAAAUCCAAAGGGACUGUUUCUUUUGAUUCACAUUUUCGAGUUCCAUGGAGACUUGUGAGAAAUAUUCAGCCAAGCUUGGGUGACCCUUGUAUUAAGAUGAAAUCUACUGCCAUAAAGUGUGUGAAACCUACCUAUCAAUCCCUUUUUGAGGACAAUUCGAUUAUUACUGACUGGGAAGAUCAAGAAGGGGAUAUUGAGGAGAUGGACUCACCUUGGGAAGGAGCAAUUAUUUACAAGAGGAACUCUUCAGUUUCUCAUGUGGAGUAUUGCACAACAUUAGAGAGGCUUGGGUUAGAGAAGCUUUCGACUGAUGUCUCGAAAUCUAGAGCAUCAACGAUGGGUCUACGCGUAACUAAAGAUGUGAAAGAUUAUCCCUUUGGAACGCCUGUUCAAAUCUCUGUUGAUGUCACAAGGAAAAAUAAAAAGUUGAGGUUGGAUGGAAUAGUUAAAACUGUCAUCACUCUGAAUUGUUAUAGCUGUUGUGAGCCUGCUCCUGAAUGCAUUUUCUCAAAUUUCUCCAUUAUACUAAGCGAAGAACCGAUUGAAGAACCUGAUGUCAUAAAUAUGGGAAUCAUUAGCGGAAAGGAUAUGUUCAAGACUGACAAUGGAAAUAGUGAUGAAGAUGAUGAAGAGUUGAUAGACUUGGAUGAUCAACUCUAUUUUCCUCCUCUGAACAAAGAGAUAGAUAUAUCAAAGAACAUUAGAGACAUCUUGCAUCUAGAAAUUACCAUGAAUGUGAUAUGUGAUCCGGGAUGCAAAGGUAUUUGUCUAAAUUGUGGUAUAAAUUUGAAUACUGGAAGCUGUAAAUGUAGUAAACAGGCUGUAAAGAAGAAUGAUUUUGGUCCUCUUGGAGAUUUGAAAAGACGAAUGCAGAACAAUUCUUAAAGACUUAGAAUGCAAGACCAUGUGUUCCUUUAAAUUAAAUCAUUUCAUUUAAAAAAUGCGUGUUAUCUUGGUUGA